UUGGGGCAGCAAGAAAACAAUUUUCUGUUGAAGUAAAAAUCAUUUAAAAUGUCCGAAAAAACGACGAAUACAAUUAUCACUUCAAAAACAGUUAAUUCCAACUAUGCUCUAGAUGUUAAUCGAUGGAUUCUAAAAAUAUUAGGUGUUUGGCAUUUUGCGAUAGAUUCAUCUUAUUUCUACCGAGUUAUCGCGUUCUGUCACAUUAUAAUUUGUACAUUUCUCUUGUCAUUUGUUAUAAUACCGGGUCUACUUUUCAUUUUUGUGAUUGUAAAAGAUAUGACGACAAGACUUAGAAUAAGUGGAUGUUUUAGUUUUUGUGUUAUGGGAGUCAUCAAAUAUUAUUAUUUAAUUAAAAUUAAUAAACAAAUCGGAAAUUGUAUAAAACAGUUUAAUUCUGAUUGGGAACAGAUAAAUGAUAUUAAAGAUAAAACAAUUAUGGUGAAAUAUGCUCGCUUUGGUCGUAAUAGUUCGAUUAUUUGUGCUGCCUUCAUGUACGGCAGUUGUAUGAUUUAUGCAUGUGUAUUACCUCACGUGUCUGGAGUUUUCAAAAAUAAAAAUGAUCCAACGGAACGAACAUUUGCUUUUCCUUCUCAUUUUAUAGUCUUUGAUCAGUAUAAAAGCCCAGCUUAUGAAAUUGUAUUUUCAAUUCAUUGCUGCUGUGCUUUUGUAUUCGCUUCGAUUUCGAAUGCAACGUGUAAUCUCAUUACGGUAUUAAUUACACACGCAUGUGGACAGUUGGAAGUUUUAAUGGUGUGGCUCAACGAUCUUGAUAGUUUUCAACAGAAUAAAGUAUAUGCUGAAAAAUAUUCAAAAAUUAUUAAACAACAUGUCAAAAUAAUUAGAUUUAUUAUCAAAAUUGAAAAUUUAUUCCAACAAAUUUGUUUCAUCGAAGUCGUGGGAUGUACUUUAAUCAUAUGUCUUGUAGGAUAUUAUAUUUUACUUGAUUGGAAUCAAAAAGAUACUGGAGGAAUGACAACGUACGUAAUGCUUCUUAUAUCAUUCGUAUAUAAUAUUUUUUUGUAUUGUUACGUUUGUGAAUUACUUACUGCAAAGUGUAAGUUAAUAAGCGAAUCGACAUAUUUGACUCGGUGGUAUCAAAUCACUGAAUACUUUGCUCGAGGAUUGAUAUUGACUAUUGCAAUUUCUCAAAAAUCUACUCCAAUGAAAGCCGGAAAAUUAAUACCUCUGUCAAUAAAUACUUUCGGCACGGUGAUACGGACAUCAGUGGUAUAUCUCAACUUUCUACGACAAUUAAUGGAAUAAAAUAAAUGGUUAUUAGGCAUUGAUUUCAAAAUAUCGUAUUAUGGAUAAAAAUAAAAUAUAAGUCUUUAAACCCUGGUUAAAGAUUCCGAUUAAAUCCGAUUGGAAUCUAAUUGAGAUUAAUCCCUUUAAAAAGGAAUUAGUGAAGUUCACUGCGAAUCAGCGGAUAGUCGCUAUGUAUUUCUACAACUACACUGAUAAAAGAAAACCUUUGAGUCAACUUGGUUUGAGUUGAGUCAAAUACGCGACGACUUUAAAUAAUGCGAAACACGCUACGACUUUGACUGAAAAGCCACGCGUAUUUGGAGGGAAUCGUCUACUCGAAUUCAUGGCUUACUUGUGAACAUAUCAUUUGCAUUUGCGACGACUGUUGCGCACUCAGUUAAAGAAUAUACAUAAUUGAGUCAACAUACUAGAGACUUUAUUCCGCCUACCUCUGCUUUUGUUUCUACAAUACUUAAAUUUGAUGUAAAAAAUGAUGAUAUUCUAUCUACUUUUUUUUAAUUUGAGUAAACUUGCAUUUAGUCGUACGAAUAUAGUUUUUUUUCAACUUAAUUGCUUUAUAUCUUUCUUCUAAAACACUGUAAAUUGUACGAAAUGUUUACAAUGUUACUGCAAUUUAUUCAAGUUGUCGAGUCAUUAAUGAUCGAUCUUGCAUCAAAAUAAUACUUUGUAGAAUAGAAUGGUGACAUGACCGUUGAUCCGUAGACAAUUGAUCCUAGCGACAAAUGAUCCGUAGACAAUUGAUUCUAGCGACCAUUCAUUCGAGCGAUAAUUUAAUUAAUAAUUUAAUAAAGAGAAUCACCGUGGCUCGCGGAUAGUCUAAACAGAUGACGAUGCAUGAGACCCGGGCCACGACGGUUCUCUCAUAGGAAACCUGAGAUGCAACGUUAAAAUUUUGAUAAUGUAUUAUACCAAGGAGCGACAGAAUCAAGGCAGUCUAUCACAAGAUCUAGUAGAGCCAAGAACUCUACACAAACCUGCUGGCUUGAUCCUGUCACUCGGACUUUGAGGCAAAAUAUAUAUCCGUAUUUUAUUAAAAUAUGCACUCCUUAUUUAAA